AAUAUCUCAAGCUCUUUGUUUGUUUGUGAGGAGUAGCAACCCCAGUUUCAACUCUUAGAAAAAGCCUUGGGCUUGAGCUUUUUUCUCUCAAAAUCCCAUCUCCCAAACAAGUAUUCUUCCAUAUACGGCUUGAUCAUCACAUUCGGGUGCAUGUUCUUUACGUCUGUUUGGUGAAAAACAUACCAAACCAGAUGAGAGCUUGUUUUCUCUUGCUUCCUCUCAACUAUGUGUAGUUACUUUCAUCACAGGAUGGAUAAUUAUCAAGGUGAUUUGGCUGACAUAGUCCGAGCCAGCGGCGGAGCCAUAGCAGGCGCCGGAGCAGGCGAAGUCCCCGCCUCGAACUGGCAGUUCCUGGGCGAUUCUUCCAUGAAUUAUCCAGUGGAUGAUUUUGGUGAUCCGUUCUCUAGCAUGAGAGAUCCGUUGCUUGACGAGCUUGAGAUUCACAGUUCGGGCUUCUUCAACUGUUCCAGCAGUUCGGCGGAGAUUAUGAGAACUAGCGCUGAGGACACGGCGGCGCUUGGUGGAGGAGCAGGAGGCGGCGGCGUUCUUGUGGCUCAGAAGAUUCUGGAGGAGGAGAUGAAGAGACCUUGCAAUAUCUUCUCGAGGAUGCUGCAAAUCUCGCCAAACGCAAAACUGUCUGUCUCGCCGGGCGACUCGCCGGUGGUUGCGGCGUCGCCUCGGGCGAUUAAGGCUUCUCCGUUGGCUCCUAUUGAAGUGAUUAGCGCUGGCACGUCAAAGAACUGCUUGGUUGAAAACUCCACGGCGGUUCAGAUCUCGUCUCCGAGAAAUACGGGCAUCAAACGAAGGAAGAGCCAGGCAAAGAAGGUUGUGUGCAUACCAGCACCAGCACCUGCAAACAGCAGGCCAAGUGGAGAAGUGGUUCCAUCUGAUCUAUGGGCGUGGAGAAAGUAUGGUCAAAAGCCUAUCAAAGGCUCUCCUUACCCAAGGGGAUAUUACAGAUGCAGCAGCUCAAAGGGCUGCUCAGCAAGAAAACAAGUGGAAAGGAGUAGAACAGAUCCAAACAUGCUAGUCAUCACCUACACUUCCGAGCACAACCAUCCAUGGCCGACCCAAAGAAACGCUCUUGCAGGUUCCACCAGAUCCCAACCAUCCAAGAGCACUUCAGGCUCCAAGAAUUCCCAGGCCCAAAGGGAAACCAGCUUGAAGGAAGAACAAAAAGAAAUCAGCAACAAUAACGAGAAUUUAUCAUCCUCCAUCGCCACCGGAAGCUCCUCAACCAGCGGCCAGCCGGUGAAGGAGGAGAUGGAGGAGCUCCAAAAGCAAAUGGAGAUGGAUAAUGAAGGUGAAUUCAGUGAAGGAUUUCCUCAGAGCUACAGGCCGGCAUUGCCAGAAACCGGCCAUUCCGAGGACUUUUUUGCGGAUUUGGGAGAGAUCGAGGCUGACCCUCUAAACCUAUUGUUUGGCCAAGGAUUCUCCGGCGAUGAAGAGGGCGGAAGCAACAAAAACAAGGGGUUGGAUCCAUUUGGAAACCUGUUUGAUUGGACAGGGAACAACAGCAACAACAUUAACGACAACGCAUAGUUUGGAGAUCAAGCUAAGAGGGGUUUGUAAGAAGGCCUUGGAAACAAGAACUAAAACCCUAGAGAUAUAGAAGAAACGGACUUAUAUGUAUACAUAUAUAUACUAUGUGGUCCUGAUCUCUUCUUAUUUGGUUCAAGGUGAUGUCAUAAACCUUCCCAUAUUCUAGUGGGGGGAAGCUGCUGAUUUUUUUUACCCUUAUUUAUUUAUUUUUUGGGGGUUAUUUUUGUUACUUUUUUUUUUUUUUUUUUGGGUUAUUGUUAUUGUUAUUUACAGUCAGAAGAAGAUGAGGACUAAAAAGGAAGAGUGCUGGUUGAUUGGAAGCAGAGUGAUGAGAGUCCCCACAUUCUCUUCGGAAUAUUAGUGAAUGGGACAGAAAGCUGAGGAACAGAAGGUUUCAAUAGUAAAAACAAGUACAUUGAUCAGACAUUGACUGGAAAGCUCAGGGGGAGAUUGAUGUAAAGAUGGCACUCUCUCUCUCUCUCUCGUCUUUUAGUGGGAAAAAUUAUUCAAUCCUGGCCCCUUUUGAUAAUGUGGGUGUUUGUAAAGACAAGAGAGAGAUUAAUUGCUCUUAUAAUUUCUCAGGGAGAGAUCAUAUAUAUAUAUAUAUAUAUGUACACAUGCCAUAUGUAAUUACAAGCUUUGGGUUCCCCAGCUUUCUGUUUCUGCAAUUAAUCCAACUCAUGUUUAUUUUAA